UCAGUGCGGCGGGCGCGGAGCAGGCGGCCGGCGGGGCCGCCUAUUAAUAACGCGGCCACCCAGGCCGGGGUCGCGCAGCCAUGGCCAGCCCGGAGCCCCGGCGCAGCGGGGACGGCGCCGCCCAGGCCGCGAGGGGAACAGGGGCAGAGGACAAUUCUUUUCAAGAGGAGAAGCAGUCUGAAUCCCUGGAUGAGGAGAGGCCCUUGGACCCAGAAGUUGCUCUAUCUUUGGAGGGGACCUUGGACUUGGAGGACAUUCUCUACCUGGGGGCCACAGAUGACUUUGAUGACACACUGUACGUGGAAGAGACUGAGAAUCCUGAGGAGACACUGCACAUUGAGGAGAUCAGGCAGCCAAAGGAGCCCCUGUGUGUGGAAGAACCCGUGAAGCCAGGGGAGACGCUGCACGCGGAGGAGACUGUGAAGCCGGAGGAGGAGGCGCUGUGUGCGGAGGAGACGCUGUGUGCGGAGGAGACUGUGAAGCCGGAGGAGGAGGCGCUGUGUGAGAAGGAGACGCUGUGUGCGGAGGAGACUGUGAAGCCGGAGGUCACAAGCCCAGAGCAGACAGCUUCUGGGGGAGAGACACUCACAGACGUGGAGAAACCUAACCCCGAGGAGAGCCUCGGAGCCGGGCCUACUCCCAGCCCAGAGGACAGCCUGAGCAUAGAGGACCUGGAAUUGCUGGAGGGGCGCUUCCAGCAAUGUGUCCAAGCUGUGGCUCAGCUGGAAGAGGAGAGGGAUCAGCUCAUUCAUGAGCUUGUGUUGCUCCGGGAGCCAGCCCUCCAGGAGGUGCAACAAGUCCAUCAGGACAUCCUGGCCGCCUACAAACUGCAUGCUCAAGCAGAGCUGGAGAGGGACGGGCUGCGGGAGGAGAUCCGGCUGGUCAAGCAGAAGCUCUUCAAGGUGACAAAGGAAUGUGUGGCCUACCAAUACCAGCUGGAGUGCCGCCGGCAGGAUGUGGCCCAGUUUGCCGAUUUCCGGGAAGUGCUGACCGCACGAGCAGCCCAGCUCUCGGAGGAACUGGCCCAGCUCCGGGAUGCCUAUCAGAAGCAGAAGGAGCAGUUAAGGCAACAACUAGAAGCACCUCCAAGCCAGGGGGAUGGGCACUUCCUGCAGGAGAGCCGGCGGCUCUCCGCCCAGUUUGAGAAUCUCAUGGCAGAGAGCCGCCAGGGCCUGGAGGAGGAGUAUGAGCCUCAGCUGCUGCGGCUCCUAGAGAGGAAAGAAGCUGCUGCCAAAGCCCUGCAGAAAACGCAGGCAGAGAUCCAGGAGAUGAAGGAGGCUCUGAGACCCCUGCAAGCAGAGGCGCGGCAGCUCCAGCUACAGAACAGGAACCUGGAGGACCAGAUCACACUUGUGAGGCAGAAACGAGACGAGGAGGUGCAGCAGUACAGGGAACAGCUGGAGAAAAUGGAAGAACGACAGAGGCAAUUAAGAAGUGGGGUGCAACUCCAGCAACAGAAGAACAAAGAGAUGGAGCAGCUAAGGAUCAGCCUUGCUCAAGAGCUCUCAACUUAUAAGAGCUGUUUAGAAAUGUAUGGUGGAAUCUGUAAUCCUGAAACAACCAAAAAAGCUUCUUAGCACUAAGGAUCACUAAGUACCCUUUGGACACUUUUUCCAGACAAGAGUGCCAGGGACUUGGCAAGCAAUUCACCUUGGGAAAUUUACAAAUACUGACUGACCUGUUUUAAAAGAUUCUGGGGCUGGCUGGAGGCAGAAGGCAUCAGUCAGUUCCUACCUGGGUUCUAUGUCAUAGGGCUGCUGGUACUGAUCAAUGCACAGAAGAUUGGAAAACACAAGCCUCCUGCCCUCCAGCAGCGACCUGCAGGCCGAGUAAAGGAUCGGUGUAUGCACACCUGCAGUCUGUCUGAAGAAGGCAUCUUGCCUGGGGUUGACCUAAACCAAAAACAUUAUUUUGAAGCACAGGUGGGGUCAGCAGACAGCCAGUUUUCAUGAUAUGGGUUUACAAUUUGAAUUCUUUUGUGCCAUGCCUUGAGUAUUAAGACUUUAAAAUGAAUCCUUUUUCAAAGUUUACUUUUCUUUCAGUCUAUGCUGACUCACAGUUUACUGAAUUGUGUCAAGAUAACUUUCACUAUUCUCUAAAAGAACUACUGACGUGAAAAAAAGGAGCUAAUCCAGAUUUCCUGAAAGAUCGUACCUCAUGACAAUGAUUUCUGGUCAGUGAUCCAGUCAGCCAGACCUAGUGAUUACACAGAACCAGGGACUUUAUCUGGUCACAACACUCAGCUAGAAAGGCUUUCAAGAGCCCAUUGUUUCUGACCUCUAAGUACAGACCCCAGUGAAAAACAUACUGUGGAGAUUCACCCUAUGAGAAAAGGUUCAAGUACCUUUUCCGAACUUAAUUUUUGCCUUACAAUCUCUCUGCCUCACUGCCUUUGACAUUCUUGCAAGUCCGCGUAGGAUCCUCUAGGGAUAGACUUCAGUAAGAUGUUAUUUUAUCAAAGACUAAUCUGUGCACCUGUGAUCCAGUGUUUUGUAUCUUUCACUUUCCAAGGGAAGGAGUGAAGCUCUUUUCUGUAGCUCUGGGUCUAUUAAAAUUAAUUUUGCUCUUGAUAGUCAAAGACCAUAGAAAAUAACUUUCAUCUAAGAAUUCUUCUAGAAGCCAGAGACUGGUGUUUGAUAGAUAUUAUAUACUAAAGAAAACCCAUCAGUGCAUGGAGUUAUGUAGAAAAGCAAUUUAUUCCAUUAUAAGCACUUACACAGUUAGUCAUGGAGAAUAACAGGCCUGCUAAUGAAACAGGUCACCCAAAACAGAUGGUAUCAAACUAGUGGUCAAGGACUAACUCCUAAAAAAAAAAGGGCAACUCUUAUCCGGGAUUAAUUUAAUUUUAAAAACAAAUACAAGCUAUUGAUUCACUCUUCUCAGCUGACAGUCUACCUGGAGUAAAACUGUCAGGUAAAAACAUACAUCUUUACAACUUGGUGGUCCCAAGUUUUUAUUUUUUUAAAAAAACCAUUUCACAGAAAGGAAAGAAAUAAUAUGAAAACUGCUCAAGAAAUACACUAACAAGCAAAAAUAUAUGGGGAAAGAGGAACGUGUAGUUUUGACUUAACUCAAGAAACUCAGAGGAGACUGGCCUACAGAGGAAAAUGUGCAUCCUGGACAGACAGGUGUGAAGACUUUCGAGUAGCAAUUUAUGACUUGAAUCUCCCCUAAUUCCUGAAUAAAAAUGACAUCUUGCAGUA